CACCACAAUAACGGCGUCCCCGUAAUAUCGCCGCGCCACCCGCGUCAGUGCAGCGGAGCCCGAUAACAGAACGUCAGUAGUGUGCGAGACACGCGCCGCGGUCCACCGUUUUUGCUCGAGCUUUAGGCGAACGUUUUUUUUUUUUCGAUCUCGUAUUUUAGUUAGUCGCGUAGUCGCAGCGGACGUGUGAAAUUGUCACGGCAGCCGAUUGCGUACUCGUAUCUAACCGUUAGACGCGCGAAAAUAUUCGUCAGUAGAGCUCACCGACAUUAGUCCCCGGGCAGCCGCCUCCACAGCAGCUGCGGAAUGCCCGACGGUCGUCUUUCGUCAACGGAAAGUCGUCGGUUAGCGGUGAAAACGCACACAGAGCAUCAGCUAGCGGGCCAGUUUGAUCGAUCGGUUUGACGACGACGACGAUAAUAAUAUUACCGUCACGUCCGCGACGAUGUAGUAUAGUUGCCGGUCGUCGGUCAGAUUUUCGGUGUAAUACCACGUCCCCGGUUUAGGGACUCGACCCGUUUUCGAGCGAAUAAAACCGAUUUCGAUCGGUCGAAAAAUAUCGAUUUUCGUUUGCCCGCGUUUUUUUUUUUUAAAAAAAAUAAAAAGAAAAAAAGAACAAAGAAGACCGCGCGUAAGUUCGACGGCGAAAAUAAUCGUUACCGACGUAUCGCGUCGUAUUUUAUCGUAAACGGUCUGCGAAUUUGCUACCGGCGUCCACGACGGCGGACCCCACCACCCAUCUCACCAUGAACGCGAUGCUGGCCGCGUGGACGUUGCUCGGCGUGGCCGCGUCGUCGGACCCGUGGCCGGCCGCCGCGUCCGCCGUCGACGAGACAGCCGACUCUUACACGACCGCGUACCUGAACGUGACCAGCUACGACGUGGUCACGGGCGCGGCGGUCCAGACGGAAAAAUCGGAGAUCGGCAAGUUCGGCGAGUAUCACGUGGGGGCAGCGUCCGGGAUGUUGCUUCACGUGAUCGGCACGGACGGCGAUCGCAACGGGUGCGCGCCCCCCGUGCACGUCCUCCAGGAGCCGCCGGACUCCGGGCCUUGGAUAGCGUUGGUGCGCAGGGGCAAGUGCAGUUUCCAGACCAAAGUGGACAACGCGCGCCGGGCCGGCGCCUCGGCGGUGAUCGUCUACAACGACCGCGAAGCUACCGACCUCGACAAGAUGAAGCUUCUGCCUUCUGAUCCGAGAAAUAUCAGUGCAGUUUUCACGUAUAAAUGGAAGGGCGAGGACAUGGCCCGAAUGCUGGAUGAUGUGACCAGAAGGGUGAUGGUAAAAAUCACAAUAGCCAGUCAUUGCACCAGGCCAUACGGUAACAUUAACAGAACUUCAGUAUUGUUUGUAAGCAUAUCGUUCAUAGUGCUUAUGGUCAUAUCAUUGGCAUGGCUUGUAUUCUACUACAUACAAAGGUUCCGAUAUAUACACGCUAAAGACCAACUUUCGCGACGAUUAUGUAACGCGGCGAAAAAAGCGUUAUCCAAGAUACCUACCAAGCACAUCAAAAUGGAUGACAAGGAGAUUGUCGGUGAUGGCGACUGUUGUGCAGUGUGCAUUGAACCAUAUAGACCGUCCGAGGUAGUUCGGAUAUUACCAUGCCGACACGAAUUCCACAAAAGCUGUGUAGAUCCUUGGCUAUUAGAGCACCGAACUUGCCCAAUGUGCAAAAUGGACAUACUCAAGCACUACGGGUUUUUGUUCACAGGCAGUCAAGAGAGUUUCCUGCACGUGGAAGUCGAAGAGGUGACCAACGAUUUCGACGUUUACCAGUACGCACGUGGCCGGAGUUUCAUGGACACGGCUCAAAACUCGAGAACGAUACCGGACGUAGCCGCGGUGGCAGUGGCGGCUGCGACGGCGGCGGCGGUCGUGUGCGAAUCGCCCGACAGUAGGUCGUCGACGCCCGACGAACUGACGCCCGCGCUGGCCCAACGCAACGACAACGGCGGCGGCGACGGCAGUGGCGACGGCCUCACAGACGCCGCCACCAACUGCACAACGGUCGCCGCCGGCACCAACCGAUCGACGUCAUUCGACUCUGAUUGGCGGCACUGCCGAAUAGGUCUACUGCGGCAGACGCGUUCUUCAGAUGGUUUCUGAAACAUCAAAACAACGAUUCAGGACGGAUGUGAUACUAGCCAUUAAGAUGACUUAAACUUUGUAAUAGAAUGUAUCUUCAGUUCAAGUCUUAUUAUUAUACAUAUUAGGAUUAGGUACAAAAAAAUAUAUAUUGUAUAAUUUAAUGAAAUUGACUUUUCAGUUUAAGUUAUUAAAACCGUAUGAAUAUACCUAGUCAGUAUUCCUAUAAUAUAAUAUAGCCCUCUGAUUAUGACUGGAUUUAAAUGUGAACGGUACUUUUUGUAACUAUUUUAUAGAUAAAAAUGUAUAAUUAUGUUAUUAUAUUAUUUAAUAUUUACUAUUAAGAUAAUGAUAAAUUUACAGUUUGUAAAUAAAAAACAAAUAUAUAAUUAAAAUAUUA